UACACAAUACCCUUAACGCCUGCAGCGACCCGGAGUGUUUCACUGAGGUGAGCUGAGGGUGAAACACUUAUUCAGAUGACAGUUGACACCCCCCUUGCACAGUUGAAGUCCGCCUAUAGCUCCCCGUCACAGACGCACCCAUUCUCUGUGUGGUGUCUGCAGUCAGGUCCCAGCCUGUGCCGACUAGCUGCAAUGCUAUAUCCAUAGAUAGACCGACACUUAUCGUAGGCCUUAAUACCAUUAGGAACACCGCAGGACGGGCCUCGCUGUGAGCACGGUUCUGUUGGUACGCGCUUUCACCCUCGUCUUGUCAUUACAGGCUAACGUUUUGACGCCCAGGCUAGCGUCAGCUAAGCUAACUAGCUGCAGAUUCUUUCAAAAAACAUGGCCACUGUGGCGAUUCCAGCAAAUACCACAGCACUGUUGCUGGAUAUUGAGGGGACAACAACACCGAUAACCUUUGUUAAGGAUAUCUUAUUUCCAUACAUCAGAGAUCAACUUGAAGAUUAUCUGUCAACCCACUGGGAAGAAGAUGAAUGCAAACAGGAUGUUCAUCUUCUAAAGAAACAGCUGGAGGAGGACCUCCGGCAGAACCGGGCGUGUCCCGUGCAUGUGCUUGACCAGACGGUGCACACGGACGAGGAGAAGGCCAUCCACGAGGUGAUGGAAAACGUCCUGUGGCAGAUGGCGGCUGACAGGAAGACCACGGCGCUCAAGCAGUUCCAGGGUCACAUGUGGCGGGCGGCUUACUCUGCAGGGAGAAUCAAAGGCGAAAUGUAUCAGGAUGUAGUUCCGUCUAUUAGAAGUUGGAGGAGACACGGCCUGAAGGUGUACAUCUACUCCUCUGGAAGCGUGGAGGCCCAGAAGCUUCUGUUUGGAUACUCUGUGGAAGGAGAUGUUUUAGAUCUUUUCGAUGGCCACUUUGAUACGAACAUCGGACUCAAGGUGGAGGGUAAAAGCUACGAGAGGAUCGCUGAACGGAUUGGUUGCCCGCCUGAAGAAAUCACAUUCUUGACGGACGUCUCUAGAGAAGCGAAGGCGGCGGAAGACGCAGGGAUGAACGUGGUGGUGGUGGUGAGGCCGGGGAACCUGGAGCUGAGCGAGGAGGAGCGGGGCCUCUACACACUCGUCACAUCCUUCAACCAGCUCCAAGUCACGGGGAGCGUUUAACACCGACCCCUGGGAGGGAGAGAGGGGCUCGGUCUCCACGACCGCUAACCUCUCUCGCUCUCUCUCGUACUCAGUGACAGUCAAGAUCAAACCAAGGGGACUACUAGCCACGCCUGGAACCCAUCUCUAAGGAUUUUUUUCUUUUUCUUUUUACAUGAUCGUCCUAUUUAAAUGUAUGACCAUCGAAUUCUUAACCUCAGAGUUAAGAAAGAAAAUGGACCCCGGGUCCGCAAUACCCUCUUGUGCCAUGUGUUUAGUAGAAGAAGUAAAAAAAUAAAUAAAUUGUGAGUAGAUUAAAGCCGUUGAUAACCAACCAACCUAUAGUGAAUGCCCACAGCGUGCCAACUGUUCUCAAUAUACACCAGUAUGGUGGCUUCUUCAGGAUGGGUCACCUCCCGUCACACAGCAGAAGCUGAGUAUGUUUGUACCAAGUGUUUGUCUAGCGUUUUUUUGUAAUUCCCGUUUCUCUUCCACUCAUGUACAGUUGUCGUGUCCUAUAAACGUGUUUGAAUGCGUUGUAAGGAAUGUUGCCCAUGAAUAACCUCUUAAGAAAUAUUUUAAUCCAGUUACGCAAACGGCAUUGCAUUUUCUUCUGAUACUAAUGAGAAAACAGAUGCACACAACAAAAUAAAAGCGCACACACUUCAAAAUGUAUUUAAAUGUGCUACUUGAUAUAUGACAGUGAUAUCUGCCUAAGAUUCGCCCUAAUGUAAUGGUUCUGUACCCGACGUCUAAAUCCUGACCAUACAUGAUUUGACGAAACCUUCCAAUAAAUGAAUUGUAUGCUGAAGUUCUGUAUUGUUGCAUUGGCAGAACAAUUGUGCUCAUGUUGGAUAAUAAAACAUGCACUAAAGUCUUGGAGUAAAUGUGGAAUUGCCCACCAUGGCCUACAUAAAGAUGAUGCAUAAGUCUGGAAUAUGCUUUCUUGAACCUGGUCUUUAGUUAGGACAUUACCUUGAAGGUUGCGGUUUAACUUUGAAUCUACAUCUAGACAGCAAGAGGUAUUUAGUUUGUUUGCUGUGGUAACUGAGACUCCAAAAUAUAAGCAAAGAAUAAUAAAAUAUACAUGAAAAGUAGAAAAAAUAUAUACAUCU